GCCUCUUCUCUCUUCCCCCAGCACGGAGGGUUACCAUCCUCUUCACCCAUGCACCCACCCCAGCCUCCAGGCCUGGCUCAUCCUGCUGGUCCAGUACAUCCUGACCCUCCACAGCAGCCUCAUGCAGGAGUGGGCCUUGCUGAAGCGCCCCAGACCCCGCCGCUUGCUCUCUGGGGGGGGAGGCCCCGGGCAGCCCGGCGAGCCCCCCGUACACUAGACAAGGCACUCCCGGUGCCUGAGGGACCCCUUCCAGCCGCGCUCCAGGAUCAGUGGCAGCAGCAGGAACAGAUCGGGGAGUCCGACACCAGAGCUCCCAGGAGCCAGCCUGACCCCUGGGCACAGCCAGGCGUGGGGUGGGGCGACCCUUGAGCCCAGAGGUGACCGGGAUCGGCUGGACAUAGCGCCACCCUCUGGCAGCUCCCUGAGCACCCGUGCCACAGCUGGACAGCGCUCAGCUCCCAUGCUGCCAUCAACAGACGCUCUGCCGCAGGCCAGUGCAGCUCGGGGGGGUGUCAGUGGGCCUGGGGCUCUGUCCCCCGCAACACUCCAGCACACGCCCCAACUGCAGGAGGGCCCUGGGCACCUGGGAUGCUCGUGUUCCAACGCCCAGGGGGGAGCCGUGCCCGAGGGGCAGGCCCCACAGGCUUACGUGCCCACGCCCCGCACAGAGGAAGCGGCCUGGGCCGCCAGCGCCCUGACCUUCCUGCUGGUGGUGCUGACACUCGCCGUCCUGUACACCCGUCUCCACCGCAAGUUCCACAAGAACCAGAGCCUGUACUGGGCCCCGAGCGACGCGGGGCAGGAGCCCCUGGCCGCAAUUCUCAAGAGGUGGCUCCUGUUGGCCCAUGGCAGGCACAAGAAGCGGCAGCGGCCCCAGCAGAGAAGGCUGCUGCUCCAGGGGCCCUCGAGCGAGAGCUCCGACUAGCUCCCCUGGGGCCCGCAUGUGGGCACAGGCCUGGCCGGAGGGGUCUGUGCGGCCGGGGGCAGCUCACACUUUCUGCUGAAUAAAGUGGUUUAAGAGCGUU